AUGAAACGGAGAGCUUGUAACACACCAUUCCCACCUAAGGAAGCAUCCACACUGGCUACGAAACUAUCGAAAAAGGUGAUCGAGGCAGUGUCGAGAUUUCUAGCCGCAGUUGUGUUCUGCUACCCGAACACAAGGUCCCAUACGUCUACAAUUUGCAAACGACUCGAGGAUUUGCCAAACGAGAUUUUGUUGAAAAUCCUCACUUACUGUGACUUCACUUCAAAGAUGAAUACGCGUGUCCUGAACUACCGAUUCUACUGUCUUAUCGAGAAAGGCGCACAUACCUUGCCUCGUCGGAAUUUGGUGGGAGGUGUCGAAAUCAGGCGCGGUAGCUCUGAUCAACGCAAGGAUAUAGAUGCAGCUGUUCCGGCUCCAGUUGCAUAUCCGGGCUUCCUGCUGAUGCUAAGUCGUCCUCUAAAACACCUGGAUAUAUUGGUCCCAGCUACUCGGGUCACAAACAUAAUGAGGCUUCUUUGCGGUGUUUCCCUGGAUGAGGUGCUGGCUUCGAAUAUUCUGGACGCGUCGUUCAGGACCGUUAGCGAUGUGAUUAUUGAUCAUGUCGGUGCUGUCACAGCUGAGACGCUUAGCAAACUGGUUCGCAAAAUCCAUCGUACGUUUGAUGAUUCUGCGCUGGUACGUCUCGUUGUAUCAGAUCAAGCUGUUCGUCGAGCAGUCCGCCUUCCUGUCUGUGCGAUCACUCACCACGGCAUAAGUCAUGCAGCACAGGCUUUCUACAAACGGUGUUGCGAUGUGAUGGAUGAAUUGACUGCCGAAAUGCAUGAGCCGCAGUGGGAAAUUUCCGUCUCCUUUCCUCAUUCCAUCAUGAUUGACCGAAAUCUGAUCAAAGUUCCUAUUGGAAUGCGCGGUCAGUGCAUGAUUUGGGAGUUUCUGCCACACUACGGUAACGGCUUUACCGUUGAGGUGUGUCCACUGAUUUACGAAACAUUUGAGGUACGAGUUGGUGGAAUGAAUCUCAGAAUUGUCGUAGAGUCAUCGUAA